AUUUUAAUCUAUCUCUUACAUGGCCAUGUUUGUUUGUCUUCUUGUUCUGUUGGAAAACCUGCAAGCUAAUUUGGUGAAUGCCCUGCACAAUCGUCUUGCUGUUGCUUUCUCACUCUCUUGUGCCCUCCUUCUGUUCAUGUUCUGCCCUCCGUUUUCGAAAAUUCUGCACUUUUUCUCUCCUCUUGUACUUUCCACUGCAGUGUGUUUUGUGGCAGUUUAUAUGUUUGUAUCAUCUGAGAAACAAGCGGCGAGAGAGAUCUUACUUGUCAAUGAGGGAAUGGCUGAAUCCAGAGUAUACCAAAUCUAUGAUGAAGUGAACUUUAGCAUAUAUAAUGAUCGCAUCAAAAUGGGCUGCUUUCUGUUGAAGUCAAUUAGUGCAUGGGAUGAAGAUGGGGAGAGAAUAAUAUUUGCAGGAAGGCUAGAGGCAGGAAAAAGUAAUGGUGUCUUUGAUGACGAUGUUACAUCUCUCGAGGUGGAUAGUCUAGCUGAAGGAUUGUGGAAUUGCUACUUUGGGAGAUGCUCGAAAUGGUACCACACAGGCAGUAUGUGAAGGAAGAUGAUAGCAAGGAAAUGCACUAUCCCUCCUCAGUAGAUGGCGAUGGUCUCCCAAGCUGGCGGAGACGACAUGUCGAAGUGCUUCCUCAGUGGGUUGCACCACCCACCACUGUCAUUGGG